AUGCCUCCAAAACGAAAACACACGGGCGAUGAUGCCCAGGAGGAUGACUCCAAGCGCUACGCCUAUCUCAAACCCCACGUCCGCCGUGUUCCAGAGAAGACCAUUAAGUCGAAAUGGGUCCCUCUACCGGAACCCGUCCAGGAAAAGGUCAAGGACAUGUUCCACACCCUCGAGCGACCGGUGAUAAUGCGGAAUCAAAAUGAGCGCAAGCGCAUUGAGGCGCAGGCCGCCGUGCAAGCGGUCGUGCGAAAUUUAGGCAAACGACUCCCGCGAAUGCCGUUUCCACCCAUAACGAAGGACUCCCACUUCGACUACGAAUCUGCGCUGAACGAGCACCGCUCGCUGGAGGGCCACUUGGCUACGAUGAAUGAUAGCGUCGAUCUACUAAAAGCCGAGAUUGCCAAAGAAGAAGCGCUCCUUGCUCGGGAAACAAAGGCGCUCCAGGAGAUGGACAAGAAUGCCAAACGAGCCGAGGCUGAAAGGAAACGACAGACUAAGAAUGAACACCCCGUGCUCCGAAAGCUGGAUGCACUUCCUCAAAUUGAGGGUUCUGGAUCCUCCGACUUCGCACUUCUCAGUAUGAAGGAUAGCCAAGUGACACUAGAUGAGUUGGAGACCGACUCCGAAAUCCAAGGACUUAUGAAGCAACUCCAUGGCCAUCUUCAAUCCAUGCAAAACAAUACCGCCCCCUUCGCAGGACUCGGGGAUGCCAUCACUCGUUCACAAGCUGCAUUGGAUCUAUACUCUACGCCCAACGACUGA